UGAUAGCGCUCAAUCCGGACGGUACCGGUGACAAGAAACCCGUGGAGGAAGCCUCUCUCCCUCUCUGUUAGUAGCAAGCAUAUACUAGUGCCUUGAAGCUGGUGUUUAGUGCCAAAGCGAAACCUGCAAGGAUAACAAGGAUAUUCGAGACAAUUUGUCAAAGAUCACCGAAGAGCAAAAAGCAUACAGUCAACAAUGGAGUUUCAAAGGAAUAAGUUGGUUAUCUACCUUCAACUAGCACUAGUCCUGGUGCUUUUGUCCAGCAUCGUUCCACAAAUCACUGCCAGGCCCUCGACGGACCUUGAACUGCAGAGUCAGGCGAAACUGUUAGAUCAUUUGCUGCGGUUUAGACUGGGCGAAGGCGAUAGCAUAAAGCAUAAACGACAUCAUAAAAGAUCGUCAAACUAUGAUGAUGGCUUCGACAUUGAUUACGAUCGAGUGAAGAAGUGCUUUGAGGAUGAAGACACUAAUGAGCUGUGCCAACGCUGCUCAAAGGUUACGAAAUCAUCGCUAGUGUUUCCCAUGUGCUGCAACAACGAGGACGAAACGUUAACCUGGUGCAGAGAGUACGUGUACUUUGGCAUACAGACCUAACCGGACUAUAUAUGGAAAUCUCUAGGCAUCUAAAACGAAAACGUCGUUCUCGUUCGAAAGCAUAUCUCAUAGCAUAUCGUCACGUGCUAGCCAGAAUCAGUGUCUAUUUUUAACAAUUACCGCGAAGGACAGUAUUUAUUAUCUUAAACCCAUAGAAAGCAUCUCCCAUAGUGAAAUUGAACUCGUAUUAUUUAUUGUAGUCAACCAUACCACAUCGUUCAACUGCUCAUAGUUCACGUCGACUUCUCAUUUAGCUCGUUUAACCGUUAAGCAACUGUGAUCGUCAGUAAAAUUCAUCGGUAUACGUUUCUUUAUUCGAUAGGACGGUAAUUAGAUACUUAUAGCUCAUGCUUAUACCUGAUACUUAUUGCCUUGCAUAGAGAUAGUAUUGAACGAUGAGAGUUAACACUUUUACGAGAUGAGCUCGGUCUGCUGCGAAUAGAUAGAAUAAACAAUUUUAAAUUUUGUAGCCAUAAUAAAAAUGACACGUAAACAGGACAA